AAAAUCCCAAUUGUUAUUGUUAGAGUUUUUCCAAACAAAAUAUCGAAUUACGGCUAGAUUGUUUGGGUUAGUUGUUGUAAACUUUUCACCAAGCUUCGCUCCAGACAAAACAAUGGAAACCCGACCAUGAAAUUGGGCGUACCUUUAAGUUUCGACGCAUUUCGGAAUGAAACUCUUAGUAGCCAGUGGCUUCAUGCUAAAUUCAAAUUUUUUGUUUUUAAGACCAACAAAAUUUUCCGUUAAAGUUUAAAAACAUGCACAAGACCUGGAAUAAGGCGUUUCACAAGCGCAAAAUGUGGAAGACCGUAUCGAACCCUGGAAAGAUGGUGUACUACAUGCAGCCACUGGUGGAGCACUUGUUCGAAAUCUGGAUGCAGCCACUGCCCUUCCCCACGCUCCUCAAGUUCGUCUACAGCUUUGUCCUGCUCUUCUUCAUCAUGCUGCCGAUCCUGUACCCGCUGCUCGUCCUGCUGCUCUACUACGGCAUUUUCCAGUACGCCGGCGAGCGGCACUUCGGGGUGGUCCCGCCGGACAACUGGGACCUCCUGGGGGCCGCCUCGCACCUGUGGCGCUUCGAGGUGACCAACAAGAAGUAUCUGCUGUUCGUGACCAUGUACAUCGAUCGGUACCGCGUCAUUAUCACCGCCAUAUCUUCGACAGUCGACUAUAUGCGCAUGGCUCUGUGCUUUGUGUUCAGCUGAGCCAGGCUUACAAAAUAACCGAUCUAGGGUCGACUGGAAAUCGAUUGAGUAAUAUUGGAUGUUGAAAUGUACUGCAAGAUCCUCUUAAAAAGAUACUUCGUACAAUAUUCUUGCCGGACCACUUUGGGCUAAUAAAAAUUUAGAGACUCCGUUCAA